AGAAAGAAAAUGGAAAACUGUCAGCCGCCAUCAUGGAUUUCCAUUUCGCGCGUUUUCAAAAUAAGGAAGUUGAGUUUAGGGGGAGAGAGAGAAAUUGGAUUAUUUUAGAUUCGUUCUCUUCCUUUCCCAAAUCUGCAUAUUUUUAUCUGAUAUUUAAAUUUUAAUUGAAAACUACCCCUGUUAUUAACAUAUUAGAUGCUCUUCUCAACUAGUUGUUAAUGAUAGUUCUACUGAUUCACUUGUAACUCUAAUUUUCAGCACACACCAAUAGGCUACAUUUUAUUUGAGAGGUAAUUUGAGUACAUUAUCAAAUGUCGAGACGCUUUUGUUUACACUUGAUUUUAUAAUCGUGUAUCAAGGAUAAAACAAAAGCGAUUGAAUAUAGCACUUUUGACACAGUCUAUCAAAACACACGUAAUCUUGUUUUGAAUAUCAGACGCGUUAUAUUGACAGGAUAUGCGAAAGAUAGCCUGGGAAUUUCCAUAACGAAUCAUUUGAGUUCUAGACGGUCGACUACUAAGAUGAAGCUAAUUUUCGUUCACCUCGUCAUCCUGUUGGCGGCGGAGCAGAUCCGCAGCUCUCCCACUCGUCGUUUAGAGCAGUUUGCAUUCGAAAAGUAUAUGACCAGGGCAAGAGCUGUCCUGGAUCGAGUUCCUCUUAUUGAUGGGCACAAUGAUUUCCCAAUGACCCUGCGCGACUUAGCCAGAAACCAGGUAGGAGACUUGGACAUUUCUGAUUUGACAACAGUGGAGCCAUGGGCCAGUUCUUCCUCGUCGCAUACAGACAUCAACCGAUUGCGCACGGGCAAAGUUGGAGCUCAGUUUUGGUCGGCUUAUGUUGGUUGCACUACCCAAUACAAAGACGCCAUCUCCAAGACAUGGGAACAGAUUGACGUUGUGCAUCGAAUGGUGGAGGCCAAUCCAGCUACUUUCGAGUUCGUCACAUCCGCACAAGGGAUCGAGGAUGCUUUCAGCCAAGGAAAAAUCGGAAGUCUCAUCGGAGUGGAAGGUGGACAUUCCAUCGACAGCUCGUUGGCCGUUCUUCGCAUGAUGUACGACAUGGGUGUUCGCUACAUGACCAUGACCCAUUCGUGCGCUACUCCUUGGGCGGAUAAUUCGCAAGUGGACAACCCAGGAGGCGUGGCCGUUCAUGAUGGCCUAACUCCGUUUGGAAAGACUGUGGUUGCGGAAAUGAAUCGAUUGGGAAUGCUGAUUGAUUUGUCUCACGUUUCACGCAAAACGAUGAGAGACGCACUAGAAACAAGCACUGCUCCCGUCAUUUUCUCCCAUUCAUCAGCGUACGCAUUGUGCACCAACACGCGCAAUGUACCCGACGAUAUUUUGCAAUUGGUGGCUCAAAACGGAGGCGUCGUCAUGGUCAACUUUUUCCCGAGUUUCGUCACCUGCAGUUCCACGGCAACAGUUCAAGACGUCGCCAACCACAUGGAUCAUAUUCGAAACGUUGCGGGAGUUGAUCACAUUGGUAUCGGAGCUGAUUACAAUGGCAUAACUGAGGUACCAGAAGGAUUGAAAGAUGUGUCCGAGUACCCGAAUUUGUUUGCUGAGCUUCUUGCUCGCGGCUGGGCAGAAGCUGACCUGGAGAAAAUUGCUGGGCUCAACUUGUUGCGAGUUCUCAGAGGAGCGGAAGCGGUGCGUGAUCAGAUGGCUGCUGACGGAGUAAAGCCGUUUGACGAAUGGAUCCCGCCAACUGAUUUGCCCGCCGAGUCCCUUCCCUGUAGUACCGGCCAGGUCAAGUCAGUAAAGUUGACGACCGAAUGAAACGUUUCUACAUAGUACCAUUACAAUAGAAAAUGAUUUCCCUCCUGUUUUCACAUUGGUUCCUUGAAAAUUGUCGGGUAAUGAUUUUUCUAGUUUUCAUUCCUCAUUGGAAUUUUAAUAUACAGUUAAUUGCAGA